GGAAAAGUAAAAUUAGGAAAAAGAAGUAGAGAAAAACCUUCCUAACCCUUUCCUUCCCCAUUUCACCUUCCUUCUCCUGCCAUUUAUUAUUGCGAGUAUUAGAUUCCUACAAUGGUUCCUACCCAUUUCCAUUGAAUUGUACAGAAAAUUAUCAGCUAAAACUUUAACGCCCCAAUCGCUGUCCCUUUGUCACCUGUUCAUAUACAAGACUGAUUUAUGCAUAUAUAUUUUAAAAUUUUAACAAUAUUUUUGAAUUACUGUUAUUUUCAGUGGGUGUUCUGAGACUUUAUACUGAGUCUUCCAUGCCGUCUUGGUGUAUGGUAUUUUCUGUAUAAACUUUCUCUUUAGUCUUAUUGCAGAAGAAACUCAUCAUACCCACUAUUUCUAUAUGUGCUGCAGAAGAGCAAUAAGGGGACAAUCAAAGUCGUAGUUGCAUAUAAAUCUCCAUUUCUUUGAAAAACUCUUUUUGAAUAAAGCUGUGUCUUUUUUUAUUCUAUUUCAAUUUCUGGGGAAAAAGCUCACAGAUAUGGGAAAGCAAGGACCUUGCUAUCACUGUGGUAUUACAAGCACCCCACUUUGGCGUAACGGGCCUCCAGAAAAGCCAGUUCUAUGCAAUGCAUGCGGGUCGCGUUGGAGAACAAAAGGAACAUUGGCAAACUAUACCCCUAUGCAUUCUAGGACUGAUCUCGAUGACUCUGAUACCUGCAAUGGGCCUAAGGGAAAAACAUUACCUUUUAGAAAUAAAGAAGAAAAGGUUGUUAUGAAACGAAAGCAGAAUCAUUAUCAGCAAGAUCCAACGAUUGGAGUUCCUCCUGAUCAUAAUCACGGUUUGCACAAGCUUUUAGUUGAGGAUACAAGCAACAGGUCAAGUUCCGGCUCUGCUGUCUCAAACUCUGAGAGCUGGGCGGAGUUUGGUGGUACUGAAGUAAGUGAUAUGACCGGUCCCGCUCAGCCUAAUGGGUGGGAUUCAACAGUACCGUGUAGGAAGCGGACAUGUGUCUCUCGCCCAAAGCCAUCUCCAGUUGAGAAGCUCACCAAAGAUCUAUACACUAUUUUGCACGAACAGCAACCUUUUCUCCCUUCUGGAUCUUCUGAAGAGGAUUUGAUUCUUGAGAGCGAUAGACCAAAUAUGGUAUGUGUUGAGAUAGGGCAUGGAAGUAUGCUCAUUCAACAUCCUUUGGCAAUAGGUAGAGAAGAAGAAUCUGAAGCCAGUUGUCUAUCAGUCGACAACAAACACCACCCUACAAACGAGGCAUAUUCCCAAUUGGCUACUCAUGUUUAUCAUUAUAAUAAUAACAAAAAGGGUGUUAUUAGUUCACAAAAUGUGUGGAAUGAAAGAGGCAAGAAGUAUACCGGUCAAGGAUCUGAACAAGAGCUAGUGAAGAGGGAAAAGGAUCACCUUGAAGAAAUGCAGAAGCUCGAGCAUCUCGGCUUACCCUUGCACUAUAUGGAUCUGAAAGGUUUAAAUCAUAAACAACACAACACAUGCUAUGAAUUUGCUGGAGGGCCAGGUGAUGUUGGCUCAGUUUAUAUUAAAAGAUCACGAGAUGAACAGAAUCAGAAGCCACCUUCAGGUCUGCAAGGAGGAAAGAGUGUGAUGAAGAGUCCU